CCACUGGAAAAAAUAAGAGCUAAGGAUUUACGACCCUCAUCUCAAUUAAAUCAUCAACGCCUGUGGGGAAGCCUUCCAGAGCCAAAUCUAGCGCCAGCAGAAGCCCUCCAGAGCCAACACCCGCAUCCGCGAAGAAGCCUUCCAGCGCCAACUACGAGCCCGUGAACUAGCCUUCCGGAAAAUCACCAAAAAAAAAAAUCUUCAAAGCAGAGAUUUCAUGAAACCUUCAACCAACAUGGAAGAAAAAUUGGGAGAACAAAUGAAACAAGACUUCUGGAAGAAAUGGACAUCGGAAUAUCUCUCCAGAUUGCAACAAAGGAGCAAAUGGACGGAUAAAAAAGAAAACAUGAAAAUAGGAGAUAUCGUACUAGUCAAACAGGACAACGUUAAUCCCAACUAUUGGCCCUUGGGAAGAGUGACGCAGUGUCACCCAGGAAACGACGGAUUUGUGAGAGUGGCUACGAUACGAUGCAAAGAUGGGAAAGAGAUCAGAAGACCUAUAACCAAAAUCUGCAUACGUCCACUCCUUCGGAACCGAAGAACUAACAGAUCCACCACGGAAAUAAAUGAAGUAGAAGCCGAAAUUCCAUUGACCGAAAUCACACCGAGUUCAAAACCACGCCAGCAAUGUUUCGACCUUGACCAGCUCUACGCCGAGGCGAAAACAGAAUUCCAGACGAGAGACCAACUCCGGACGUCAGCACCCAUUCAUGACCAUGCCCAAUAA